AUGGGAGUGAAGACAGUAAAAAGGCAGGAGGAGGAGCGGGCGGAGAGCGGCCGACGGCGCGCAUGCGCGGGAGGAGCGACUCUGCCCGGGUUCCCGGCAUCGCUGAGCUGCACGACACGGAACGCUUUGGGGCAUGUUUCAGUGCUGGGCCAGGCUGAGGCCUUGGCGGCUGGGAGCCAGCUCCGCCCUCUGGGGGAGGAGCCUGCCUGGCUGUCCCCACCCACCUUCCCGCUGUCUAAGUCCCCUUGCUGCUUCUGCCUGCCACCCAGCCUGGCGGUCCUCUCCCUUCUGGAGGGUAGACAAUUUCCGCCUCUCGGCUCCCACUGGCCAGCCUGCUUUGACCCUCUGGAGACCCUCCUCCCAAGGCCACUCUCAGGGCCCCGACCGGAGCGCCAGUAUCCGCUGAGGACCCGUCUGCUGGUGGUCUCCAUCAUAACCCUUCAGCUGGUCCUGGCCUGGCUGUACUUCCGGUCGGAGAAGGAGGAGCAGGAGAAGCAGAAGCGCAUCGAGGAGUUGAGGAAAGUGGCUGUCGGGGGCAACUUCCAGCUGGUGGACCACACCGGGCGUCCUUGCUCCAAGGAGGACCGCAAAGGCAGCUGGAUCCUUCUCUACUUCGGCUUUACAUGCCCAGAUAUCUGUCCGGAAGAGCUGGAGAAGAUGGUCGAUGUGGUGAACAUGUUGGACGCCGACCCCAAACUGCCCCGUCUCCAGCCGAUCUUCAUCACUGUGGACCCCGAGCGGGACCACGGUGGAGGCGUGGCCAAGUACGUAAAGGAGUUCCACCCGCGGCUGCGGGGGCUGACCGGCACCCACGAACAGGUGCGGGAGGCCGGACGGUUCUUACGCGUCUACUAUAGCACCGGCCCCAAAGACCAGGACGACGAUUACCUGGUAGACCACACGGUCAUCCUCUACCUGCUCAGUCCGGACGGGCUCUUCUUGGACUACUACAACCGCUACAAGACAGACGUGAAGGUCGCGGAGAGCAUCCGGGGACACAUGGCCACUUACAAGAGCCUCCUUGCCUGAGCCGGGAGGAGGGAAGGUGGCGAGAGGACUGGGGUGGGUGGGAGGGGUUUCGUUUGGGACGCUCUCGGCCCAAAGGGGGAAGUUUGUGUGUGUGUUUGCAGACCUGCGUGCUGUUUUGGAUGGCUGGUUUUGCGGGGAUUAUAGAGGUAACAAUAAUCAAGCUCUGAAACGGUGUUUUCGUAUCGUCUGCAUAUUUGACCGGCGUUUCCCUUUUUAAAAAUUUGCAUCCAGGUGGUGUUUGUAUAACACAGCUAGUCCUUGAGUUACGACCGCAGUCGAGCCCAGCAUUUCUGUGGCUAAGUGAGACGCUCGUUCAGCGAGCUUGUUUUACAACCUUUCUUGUUGCAGUUGUUAAGUGAAUCCCUGCAGUUCUUCGGCUAUAGUCGCACGGCUUGAAGUGAAUCCUGCCUCCCCUGUUGACUUGUCGGAAAGCCGCAAAAGGGGAUUGCAUGACACACACACACA